GAUCGUCGGCGGCAUUAGUGCGGUUGUUUCCUCUAGGGAAAUUUAUCUACUAAAUGAAAACAGUCACAUUUCAUCAUACUUAGGAAGUGGCUAUGCAAUUUAUUUCUACAUCUUGAUUUGGAAUGUACAACAGACCUAGGCCUAUAAGUUGGUCUCUUUACUUUUUUAGGUUCCAGAGUAAAACACUGUUGGGUCAAGUAGGAAAAUGGUUAAGGAUGGUUUUGUUGAUCGUGCGAUGAACUCUAAAGAUGAGCGGAAUUUAAAGUGUCGUCUGUGCCUGGUUUGCGGUGACACUGCCAAUGGAGUCCAUUACAAUGUUCUGUCAUGUGAGGGCUGUAAGAGCUUCUUCCUCAGAAGCAUCAAAUCUAACUCUGUUUUUAAAUGCACACAAGGGGGCAACUGCUCAAUGGACCUGUAUACAAGACGCCACUGUCCUGCCUGUCGUCUAGCCAAGUGUCGGAAUCUAGGAAUGUCUGAAGCAAAAGUAUGGGGUAAAAGUCGUUUAGGUACAAGAAAAGCAUUAGUAAGAAAGGUUGGCAAGAAGAAAAAACAAGAUGAGAAACACCUAGAGACCCCAGUUAAAGAAAUAUUACCAAAAACUAUACCUGUGCAACCAACAGCAGCUCAAAUUGAGCUAGUGAAUACACUGGAGAAUGCCUAUCAAGCAUCAAAGACCAUCUGUCGAGAAUAUUUGACAAAAGCUCCAAAGAUGAAAAGUACUAAUCGGUAUACUCUAGUAUAUGAAUCCGGACCUGAAUCCGGAACUGGGUCCGGGUCUAGUUCUGAUGAUACCACCAGUGCCAACACAGAUGAAAAUCAACAAUCUUCUAGCUCACAAAUAGAAAUUUGUCCAGAACUUAGGAAAUAUGCAAUGGACUCAUUCGCAAUUAGUGUCCGACAAACAAUCUUUUUUGCGAGAGGAAUUCCAGGGUUUACGCGACUAACUAGCAACGACCAGGCAGCAUUGGUCCGAGCCGGUAUACUUGAUUCACUCCUGUUGCGGUUGUCAGAGUUUUUUGUCGUGGAGGAAAACAAAAUUGUCAACGAUCUUGGAGAUGAGUAUGACUUGAAAAUGAUGUCUGAUUUAGGAUUACCAACUUUUAGUGGAUCUUCAUUUAAAUUUCUUAAGCAGAUUAAAGCACUUGGUCUGACCACUGCUGAGUAUAGUCUUAUGAAUGCUGCAUCAUUGUUAGCCCCAGACCGUGAUGAAGUUACGAACCGCGAGCUAGUGGAAGAGCUCCAGUUACCGAUCAUCAUGGCGAUGCAGGCUGUUGCCAAGACCUCUCAUCCGGAUCAACCAUCGUUAUUUCCGGAUCUCAUCGUAAAACUAGCGACAAUGCGUGAAAUAUCACUGAUACAUCAACAGGAUUUAAUGAAGAUGAAACUGUUGAAGCAAGAUUUUACACCUCUAGUUGCCGAGCUCUUUAACCUGCAGUAAAGAUGGUUUCUUUGUAGUUAUUUGUUUAUGUAAAAUGGUGAGUCGAAUGGCCUAGCGGUUAGCAUGGGCACCGCAAGCUAUAGCCAUAAUAUUGGCGCUGGUUCGAACGGCACGUUUGCCUAUGGUUCUGGUUGUAGAAGUUUUCUCGGAUAAGGACUAUAAACCGUAGGCUCAGUACAUCCUUCGAGAUGAGUAGGGGGAUAACCCGGUGUACUAGAACAGUCAGCCCCUGUGGUGGACGACGAGAGUCGCUGGUACCGGAUUACCGGGUAGCACAGACACGAAGGGACCCUUAGGGGCGAAGAAAGUCAUUAGUCGAGUUCCUAGUCCACAUAUCAAGAGCCCUGAGCAUCUUACAUUAGAUGGAUAUGUGCGCUAUAUAAAACUACACUAUUAUUAUUAUUAUUAUUAUGUAUAUAAUGCCUUUUAUUUUCAGAUUUACACCAUUUAUUACUACUAAGAAAAUUCCCUACAAAUUUAUUUUAAUCCUGCCUGCAUAUUUGGCAUUUAUUUAGAAUGUACCAUUUUGCAUACACUUGAGUUGGGUCUGAGAAUGUUUUUUAUUUUAUAGUAUUUUUUAUUUUUGUGUUUUGAUGUAUUUUUAUUGUUCUAAUUUUUAACUGAUUUUAAAUCAACAUUACAAUUUUUAAAUAUAUUUCUCCUUUGCUUCCUGGAUUUAAUGGUCUGUAAAUUUUCCUUGGUUUUGUUCUAUCCAGCCAUCUUUAUAUUCUGUAUUUUUUUUUUUUUUUUUUUUUUUUGUGAGUGUGUGUACUCCUUUAAUUUUUGUCGUUUAUUCAAUUUUUGGUCCUUUAUUACAUGGAAUAUAUUAUAAAAAAAACCUAGUACUAUGCUUUCCAUAACUGUAAGCUCAUUGUACAUAUUAAGAUAUUUAAGAUAUAUGGAUAUUUAUUUUUGAAAAAUAGAAAAAGAUUGAGAGCACAAAGGUGUUAUGGAUAUAACUCUUGAGAUCCAUAGUGAACAGAGGUGAAAUAGUUCCAAGUUGAUACAACAGAUGUCGAUAAAAGAAGGGUCGAUGCUUAGGGUGAACUGCCUUUUCACCUUCUCCACUCUUUGUAUUCCUUCUUGUUAUCAUUAUUUUGCAUUCCCCCUUUCACACUUCCUCUUUAGUCACCCCUGAAUUUCCUUAGUGGUAUCUUAAUUUCCUUGUGUAAUUGGAAUGCAGCAUUAAAUUAUUGAAGAUUCUGUCCUUCUGUUAUCAGAAUUUGGUAUGUCAUGUCUGAUAAAUGUAUAAAUGUAUUUAUAUAGGAUGUAAAUAAUGAUUAAAUUAUAUAAAAUAAAAGGAUAAUGCUUCUUAACAAUUA